AUGUCAGAAAUUCAGACCAACACAACUGUUGGACCACAGUACAGAGGACUACUGGAACUUGUAUUGUCUUCUAUUCCUAUUACUCUGCCAUGUUUGGUUUUUCUUUACAUUAAUGGGGUCAUGCUCUUCACACUGAGGAGUAAACCAGUGUUACGUGAGACCUGUCGUUACAUUCUUUUAUAUAAUCUCCUUUUUGCAGAUGAUUUACAGCUCACACUGAGUCAGUUAUUAUAUUUUCUGAGUUUCAGAAUCAGGCUGACUUAUCCUGUGUGUGGUGUUCUCAUCAUGUUUUCUUAUCUUUUAAAAGACAUCUCUCCUCUAACACUAGUGGUGAUGUCUUUAGAGAGAUAUGUAGCUGUUUGCUACCCACUGAGACACUCUACUGUUGUCACCAGCAGAAAUACAGCGGUUGCUAUCAUUGUGAUUUGGGCCUUCAGUUCAUUAUAUGUUCUUACUCAACUUGUUUUACUCUUAGAUUUUCCAUUUGAAAACCUGCAGACUCUGCAGAUGACAGCCAUGUGCUCUGCUCAAGCUAUGUUUCUCAAUCCAGUGUCUGAACAAUAUGACAGAGUCUACCAUUAUUUCCUGUUUGUAUCAGCUGGUGUUACAGUCAUUGGUUCUUUCAUUGGUGUAACAAUAGCAGCCACGUCAGCCUCCACAGACAAAGCUUCAGCCCAUAAGGCUCGUAAAACUCUGCUUCUACAUCUGUUUCAGCUCGGCCUCAGUCUCCUCUCAACCCUAUACACUCCAUUGUUCAUAGCUAUUUCAGCGGUUGUGGACAGAAUAAGAGCUCUGCAUAUGCAAAUUGCUCUUUAUGUUGUGGUUGUUAUGCUCCCUAAAUGUCUGAGUGCUCUGAUCUAUGGUAUUAGAGACAACACCAUCAGACCCAUCCUCAUGUAUUAUCUGUGCUGUCAGAGGAAGUUUUCAGUCGUCCUGAAAGAAGCUGAGGUCUCAACUUAG